AUGUCAUUUUCUGCCAGUCAAUUCAUUGGUAAACUAGGGACUUUGGAAGACAGCCAGGAAUCUAUCAAUAGUGCGUCCAAAUGGCUGCUAUCACAGUACCGAGAGGCUGAUAACGUUGCAAAUACCUGGAAAGAUUAUAUGCUAAAGGAUUCCGUUAAGGCAAGGAGGAAGCUGUUAGGGAUAUAUUUAUUAAAUCACGUUGUCCAACAGGCCAAAAGCCAAAAGAUAGACCACUUCCAGAAAGCCUUCAGCAAUGUUGUCUACGAGGUUAUCAAAAAUGUUUAUCCACAGUUGCAUCCAGAGAUGCAGAAGAAGGCUAAAAGGGUCGUUGAUAUAUGGUAUGAUCGUGGAAUUUUUCCCAAAGAUAUCCUACAAAAGCUAAGAAAUUCCAUUUUAGAGAUUAAUAAAACGGCUAAGUUAGACUUAGAAUCUGGUAAAGACAAGAAAACAAGCUCAAGUAGGUCUGGUUCGAUUGAUAAGGAUCGCACAAAGUUGUCGCUAGAACUACCGGAUACAAUAGAGCAAUAUGCAAUGUUACACAAGGAGUUGCGAAAACUACAACAGAAUGCUGUUUCGCUAAAGACGAGAUUUGAUAAUUCUGCCAGCGAAUUGGAUCCAUCGAGUCAUGUAUAUGAGGACAAUUACAAUACUGUUUCAAAAAUAGCUAACUUAGCCGUCGAUGCUGUACAAAAAAGUAUGGACACUAGACAAAAGGCGAUUGAUAUUAUUCAAUCUGUCUUAAACGCAGAGAAAAAACAAUAUGAAGCUAGCCAGACUAUGCUAACAGAAAUAAACUUCUCGCUAAUGUCAAAAAACCCAGCUAAAAUUCAACAAAUCCCAGAAGACAACGUUCUACCGACAUACACAUCUGGGAGUAAUGCAAAUGAUAGUAGUAGUGAUGAUGAUUCUGAUGCAAGUGACAGUAGUGAAUCGAGCUCGGAUGAGAAAGAAGAGAAACAAUUAAGUGAUUUAAAUGACAGGAAACGUUCUCCUGAUGAUAACUUAAAUGAGAAUGACUCUUCAAAAAAAAUGAAAGCAAUUGAAAAUGAAGAGAAUGUGGGAGAAACGGAAAAGAAUGAAUUAGAUGAAGCUGAGAAGAAUUCUGAAAACAAUGGUGAAGAUACUGGAGGAAAUAUAACCUCAAAUAUUCAAGAUUUACUAAGUAAAUUGGCAAACUAG